AUGUUUUACCGUUGGUUCACGCAGGCUGAGAUCGGUAUCGAGCCCACCAUUCAACUCAAUGAGACUCGGACCGUCCUCGAGGCAUGCGACGGACAUGUCUCUCAACUUAUCCAAGCAAGGGAAACCCAAAGAACCCACCUGCAUCCUACGCCACCAUCACUCCGCGCCUCCUGGACUCCAAGAUUACAAGCCAGGGAGAGUCGGCAUCUCAUUGUCGCAUUUGAGCAUGGAACUGAGCUUCUAUCGAGAGAUCAUGCUUCCAAGCUGCGCUCUGGAACAUGCGACAAUUUGUGCUCGGGCAACGAGGGCCCUCAUCCGCAUCGCCUCGCGUUGGAGGCGCAGCUGCACCGCGAAUGGCUGGCCACCCGCACGCCGGAGCAGCUGUCCGGACAGCCGGAUUGGGUCAUCCAGAAGUACUUUGGGGAUGAUCCUCAGCGCCCGGAUCGCAGCAUCACCAAGACGGUAGUGGGGAUCCCGUUCCCGUGCACCAGCGAGUACCGCGUGAGUCAAAUGCGAGAGGCGGCUGAGAAGGUGGUCGGCCUGCACCAUGAGACGGCUCGCGGCCCGCAGACCAAGGUGAUUUACAUGGGGUGGAACAAGGCUGCGGUCGGGAAGGCGGCCAAGGGCCAUGCGGCGAAGGAGAAGAAGGAGAUCGAGGCUGCGGAGCGGAAGCGGGAGACGGACCGUGCAAAGCUACACGCGGACUAUCGGCGCAAAUCUCGGGAGGCUCCAUCCCCUGUCGGGAGCUACAUUGUCGACUGUGAGGAGAUCAAAGACCAGUGGCCCGAGGAUGCGGAUGGGUUGACUCUGGAUAUCCACGAAACUGCGACCCCGGGCGUCUUUGAGGCCGGAUUCUAUUUUGGGGCUCUGGAGGGUGCCAUGAUCAUUUGCGCGGAUGAGGGGGUUUUAGAGCGGUACUGCGCUGAGCUUGAACGAGAGGAGGAUGAUGAUUCCCAAGAGGAGGGCUUGAUCGAUGGCAACUCGGAUGAUAGUGGGGUUGAGGGGGAUGGAAGCCCCAAAUUGGGGGUGAAACGGAAGGUACCAGUUUCUCAAAGUGGCCGCUCAACAAAGAAAUCCAAACAGAGCCCGAGUCGCUUAUAUUUCCUGAAGUUGCUGGGCUGUGAGACGGGUGAGGGGGAGAUCUUUAAUGAGCCAGAUGAUGGCAGUAUCAAGUUCAGAGACGGCAACUUCGACAGCUUUGAGGGCCAAGCCAACAUGACGUUUAUUGGCGAUGGCAUAGCCUUUACUGGACGAAAGGUCUCUGAUCUGCCUGGCUCUAGUGGAGGAGUCUGGGACGAGUACUCGUGGAGACACCAUGAAAAUGCAAGGAUCGGCCGGUGGCACUAGGUCCUGUGGUGGGAAUUGGCUAUACAG